GUCUAACUAGGGUCCGCAGGUAGCCUUAGAGUCUGGUUUGAAAAAGUUUGUAACUGUUGAAGCUUCAAGUCUGAUUGUUGUGUACAGUUUGCCGAAACCUGGCACUCUGACGUGCAUCUUUUUAUAUUUUCAACAAAUCAUCGUUUGGUAUUCGACGACGUGUUAGUGCAAUGCCAACGUGAUCAAAUUUCAAUUUUGUACAUAAUUUCUUAAAGGCAUUCCUCAAUUUCCAAGACAUUGGGGUGUGUGCAAGUGCGUGUGUGUGUGUGUGUGUGGAGGGCCCCACCCAGAAAAAAAACUAACCACGCCGUCUUCCUCAACACUGUUUUCUUCUCACCAUUUCGAAGGCCUAUACUUCGGGCGUGUGCUGUCCAGUGAUGCGAUAGAAGCAGAUCUCGCCAUUUUCUCCAAGAAAAAGCAGCUAAACAUAAACAAAUAUUUCUUGGAACAAUGAAGCCUUUCUUCGGUGCCGCAUCGUCCCUUUUUGUUUUACUUUUGCUGGAUUCGACAGCCGCCCAACAGAGCGCUCCGACGCAACCGACUCGUAUCAAUUUUCAGGAUACCAGCAGAGACAACAAUCAAAGGCCAAAUCUGUUUAAUAACAAUAUUGACCCGUUCUCCCGCCGGCCUUUUGGCGUUGGGGACAACGCAAACGCUAUCUUUGAAGAACCGACUUAUUUUAUUGUGGCCAGCCGGAUCAUCCGUCCAAGUCAAAUUUAUCGCGUGGCCGUCUCCAUUUUGAGUUCACCCAUUACUCUUUCAGUCCGUGCCUCUAUUUUACGUAACGGCGUCGACAUUGGCUCGGCCACGCAAGAAUGCAAGCCGGGCAUUCCGGAAACUCUUCUCAUUAAAAUACCAAGCACAACGGUUCCAGGCCAAUACCGUCUCCGUGUUGAAGGCAACACUGAUCGAGCCCUGGGCGGUACCGCUUUCCUCAAUGAGACUAUUCUCGAUUUUUCUCAGCGUUCCAUGACGAUUUUCAUCCAAACUGAAAAACCAGUAUACCACCAAAGCCAAAUCGUGAGGUUCAGGACGAUACCAAUCAACACCGAGUUGCGUGCAUUCGACGAUGCCGUCGAUGUGUACAUGAUUGAUCCCCGAGGGUUCGUCGUACGCCGUUGGCUCUCCAGACAGUCCAACUUUGGUGCCGUCAGCCUGGACUACGCCCUGUCUGACCAGCCCACGUUUGGUGAGUGGACGAUCCGCGUGACGGCCCAGGGUCAGACCGAGGAGGAACAUUUCCACGUCGAGGAAUACUAUCAAACUCGAUUUGAGGUCAACGUGACGAUGCCAGCCUUUUAUUUCGAUUCCGACGAUUUUAUCCAUGGCACUGUUAUGGCCAAUUAUACGAGUGGCGCACCUGUCAGAGGCAAUUUAACCCUUAAGGCCACAUUCAAACCACUGCGACUCAACACUUUGAAUCUGGAUAGACCCGGUUCAAUUCGCGAGUCUGUCGUUGAACGAAAUCUUACGUUUAAAGAAGUGCGCGGUGGCUGGUUUACGCCCCACACCCACGAGGGAUCAGAAGUUCUCAAAGACUUUCGAGGCUUUUAUACAUUCAAAUACCCUAUGGCUGAAUUGCAACGAAUGGUUCCCAAGCUUGAUGGAGUUGAGCUGCGAAUUACGGCCAUCGUGGGUGAUCGCUACCGUGAAGAUUACGUAGAAGGCUUCUCGACGGCUCGCAUUUAUAAUUCGUCUCUGAAACUGAACUUUCUUGGCGGAAGCCCGCAAGUCAUCAAGCCGGCCAUGCCUUUCACUUGUUUCUUGGCUGUGUCGUUCCACGACGGAUCGAUUUUACCAGCGGAGCGGUUUAGAUACGACCGAUUAGAGAUCCGGCCCGUAGUGCAGUUCCGCUCGAGCGCUUCCCGCACGCUAGAAGCCCGAGAGGCUAAAGCUUUGCCAGAACAGCCGGGCAUUUGGGAGUUUACGAUUGAUUUACGCUCCGAGCUUGCUCAGAGCACUGGGAGCAAUGUCGGGACGGGCGAUAAACGCGUCAAAGAUUUAGUGAAUGAGAUCAGUGCUCUUAAACUAACUGCUAACUAUAAAGACGGAUACGGAGAGCGGGCCUCUGCCGAAUUACUGGCCCUUACUCACUAUUCAAUUGGCGACAAACAUAUCAAAGUUCUUACAUCUACCAGAAGCCCAAGAGUGGGUGAAUACCUCAUCUUGCACGUGAGGACCAACUUUUACGCAGAGACUUUCAAUUACAUUGUCGUAUCCAAGGGUAUUGUUCUUUUGACGGGCUCUCAUGGCAGUUCUCCAAGUGUUACAACAUUGUCCAUCCCUCUGAGCGCCGAAAUGGCUCCGGUUGCUACGGUGGUUAUCUAUCACGUGGCCAAGUACGGUGAGGUGGUCGCCGACAGUCUUACUUUCCCUGUUAACGGAAUUUCCCGUAACAAUUUCACGCUGACCCUCAAUCCGAUGAAAGACAAAACCGGUGACACUGUCGAAGUAGUCGUCCUUGGUGAUCCUGGUGCAUACGUUGGGAUUUCCGCCAUCGAUAAAGGAUUUUUCAACAUGCAGGCUGGAAACGAACUGAGUUACGCAGAAGUCAUUACGAAAAUGACGUCAUUUGAUGAAUCUCUUAACGGAACAUUGAGGCAUUACUGGACGUCCCGCGAAGGUGAUGCUGAGACGGUGGUUAAUUAUCCGGCUUCGACCUUUGGCAUUGAUGCUAAUCGUACAUUCGAAUAUGCUUCUUUGGUCGUCUUCACCGAUGCCAACGUUAUUCGACGACCGGAUUCUUGUAACAUCACACUCGGCCUUUUGGCUUGCAUGUCUGGAUCUUGUUACCGAUCCGACCGUCGUUGCGACGGCCAGUACGAUUGCGAAGAUAGAUCUGACGAAGCAGGAUGUCCAUCAAAUCAACGUCAAGAGUUGGCUCAGUACCGUUUGAAGCGGAUCAACCGUUUGCUUCGCAUGUACGAGAAUUCGUGGCUUUGGAAGGACAUCAACAUUGGACCGCAUGGCCAUUCCAUCUUUAGCGUUCAGAUCCCCGAAAUUCCAACUCAUUGGGUGGUUUCCGCUUUUUCCGUCAGUCCUAAAAACGGUUUCGGUCUCGUCCGUUCAGCCCGCGAAUUUGCUGGAUAUCGGCCGUUCUAUAUGAACGUUGAAAUGCCAACUCAUUGUCGUCAAGGAGAGCAAGUGGGUAUCAGGAUUACGCUCUUUAAUUACGCCACUAUCGAAGCUGACGUGGUUGUCACCCUGAUGGAUUCACCCGACUACAAAUUCGUUCACGUCGAAGAGUUUGGUGAAGUCAAAUCUUACGAAGCCCGUACGUCCCGUGGUGAAAAACAACAUCUCACAUGGAUACCUGCCCAAGGUUCACAGGUGGUUUAUAUUCCCAUCGUUCCGACGAAACUCGGCGAUAUCGAAGUGACAAUCCAAGCGAAAUCGUUGAUUCGCAAAGAUCAAGUUGUCCGUCGAAUCACGGUAGAAGCUGACGGUGUACCACAAUUCCGUCAUACUUCCGUCAUGCUGGACUUGAGCAACCGUGCCUGGUUCUUGCAAUAUGUCUACGUCAACGUGACUGAGACGCCAAUCAUCCCGUACGAGAAGGAUCGUUACUACGUAUUUGGCUCUAACCGAGCCAGAGUUUCGGUGGUCGGUGACGUUGUUGGCCCGGCUUUUCCAAACAUGCCCGUCAAUGCUACAUCCCUAUUGUCACUGCCAAUGGAUUGUGCUGAACAGAACAUGUUCAGCUUCGCCGCAAACCUUUACACCGUAAAGUACAUGCGUUUAACUACCCAAAGGAAACGUGAAAUCGAUCGUCAGGCGUUUUACCAUCUGAAUAUCGCGUAUCAACGUCAGUUGUCGUUCCAGCAUAGAGACGGCGCGUUUUCGUAUUUCCGAGCUGAUUGGGAUUAUUCGUCUAAAUCUGUCUGGUUGACAGCAUUUUGUGCUCGUAUCCUGGCCGAAGCCAAUUUUAACGAAUGGGAGAAUUACUUGUACAUCGAUCCAGGUGUCAUUGCAAAGGCGGUUGAUUGGAUGAUUCAAUUUCAGUCACCCGAAGGUGCGUUCUAUGAAGUGGCGCCUCGUUUUGCCGAUCGUAAAAUGAACAGUUCAACUUCGUGGGGCUUCAACGAUCCUAUUCGCCAUCGCAACAUUUCUCUAACGGCUCAUGUCGUCAUCGCCUUAACGACCAUUCGCGAUUUGCCCGGCGAGUUAGGCCCGAGAGUUGCGGUCUCUCGUUCUCGGGCCAUUUCUUGGCUCGAUCGUAAUCUCAACUUACUGGAUCGCGCUGGUGAUCCGUACGAAGUGGCCAUUGUAGCCUACGCCAUGAUGUUGGCCAAGAGUACGUCGGCGGAAGCGGCUUUUGGCCUUUUGCGUCGACAUGCUCGCGAAGACGGUGGUUACAUUUAUUGGGGCCGUGAACCCGUUCCCUUACCUGCGCAAAGGCUUGAAAAUCAAAGGCCUUUCCUUCUUCCUCGAUUGCCUAAUCCGUUUGACGCUACCAAUGUCGAAACCACAGCUUAUGCUUUGCUGACGUAUGUUGGGCGUCAAGAGCUUUUCGUUGAACCCAUCGUCAAAUGGCUCAAUACGCACAGGUUGACUGACGGGGGUUGGGCUUCCACUCAAGAUACGAUCAUCGCUACUCAGGCUUUGAUUGAGUAUACGGUACGUCACCGAAUCCGUGAAGUGACAUCGUUGACUCUCCAUGUGGAGGCGACAUCCAAUCCGCAGUUGCAACGAACCAUGUACAUUACGGAGAAUAAUUUGGCGACGCCGCAGUUUAUGGACAUACCCAACGCUUGGGGUACGGUGAAAAUUCAGGCCCGCGGAGCUGGUUACGCCAUUGCCCAGCUCUCUUUGCAAUACAACGUGGACGUCAAUCGCUUCGUGACGCCUCCAGCCGUGAAGGCAUUCUCUGUGUUGCCUCGAUUAAGUUUCUCAGGUCGCAAUAAUUCGCACAUUACUUACGACAUCUGCUCUAGCUGGACUAAUCAGCGGGAGUCGAACCAAUCUGGUAUGGCCGUGUUAGACGUUGCCAUUCCUACUGGCUAUUACAUGCAGCAGCAGGUGCUGGACGAGUACAUUUUGUCGAGACGAGUACGUAAUCUCAGACGGGCCAAAUUCCUUGACCACAAAGUGGUUUUCUACUUUGACGCGUUAGACGGCGACCAAACUUGUGUCAAAUUUACAUUUGAACGCUGGCAUCCCGUUGCCAAUAUGACCCGUUAUUUGCCCGUUCGCGUCUAUGAUUACUACGCUCCCGAGCGGUUCAACGAAACGGUCGUAGAAACGUAUGAACUUUAUGUCAUGGAUAUUUGUCAGGUAUGUGGUAGCUAUCAGUGCACUUAUUGUCCCACCUACAAUCACGCCCCCAAAGGUUUAAUGACUUCACCGUUUGUAAUGAUUGCCACCCUAAUCUCUCUCCUCUUGACGGCUGCAAAUCAACGAUGAACAAAUUUUCCCUUCGUUGUUAACGAGAUUAUCCAUGAUUCUUUAUUGGAUUGAAUCUCCCACAAUGUAUCUCUUCUGAACGAUCUAGACGAUUUCGCCAGUUGAACGAUAUGAUGCCGUCCACACUUUUGUGUCUAGUUUUUUUCCAAUGUACAUCAAUCACACGACGCCUCCUCUUUUUUUUUAUCAUUUUUUUUCUCUCACAAUUAAACUGUCAAAUGUAUUUGUGCCAUUGUAGUUACCAUGGCGAGACUUGUGAGCAACGUAGACAAUUGAUGCAUAUCAUUUGAUCUUUGUCUCCUCCUGAACACAUUUUUAAUUUUUAAUUUCUUCGUUCUAACUUCUUUCAGAACAAAUGAUGAAAUAACUCUUUAUUACCAGCGUCUUGUUUCUAAAUUUAGCAAUAGCGAAAAAUACAGUUUUUUUGUGACUCUGA